GUAGAGGUGGAAUUGAGAGUCCGUCCUCGGCGUUGCCUGCACGUUUACGUGAGUCGUUCCCGGAGCUCUUCCAGCCACCUCAUCUUGUCCCAGCCCCCACUAAGAGCAGCACCGACCCGCACCCUGCCCCAGAGGCGGUGUCCAUCGAGGUAGGCACGCCCUUCGGCGUCUGUCCGCGGCGCAGCCAGGACUCCGUCCGCGCCGCGGUGGCCUCAUCGCUAUGGCGCCAACCAUCCAGACCCAGGCCCAGCGAGAGGAUGGCCACAGGCCCAAUUCCCACCGGACGCUGCCUGAAAGGUCUGGAGUGGUCUGCCGUGUCAAGUACUGCAAUAGUCUGCCUGACAUCCCCUUCGACCCUAAGUUCAUCACCUACCCCUUCGAUCAGAACAGGUUUGUCCAGUACAAAGCAACUUCCUUGGAGAAACAGCACAAACAUGACCUCCUGACUGAGCCAGACCUGGGAGUCACUAUCGACCUCAUCAACCCUGACACCUACCGCAUUGACCCUAAUGUUCUCCUGGAUCCAGCUGAUGAGAAGCUUUUGGAAGAGGAGAUUCAGGCCCCCACCAGCUCUAAAAGGUCCCAGCAGCAUGCAAAGGUGGUGCCAUGGAUGCGUAAGACUGAGUACAUCUCCACUGAGUUCAAUCGUUACGGCAUCUCUAAUGAGAAGCCUGAGGUCAAGAUUGGAGUUUCUGUGAAGCAGCAAUUCACUGAGGAGGAAAUAUAUAAAGAUAGAGACAGCCAGAUCACAGCCAUUGAGAAGACUUUUGAAGAUGCCCAGAAAUCGAUCUCCCAGCACUACAGCAAACCCCGUGUGACACCAGUGGAGGUCAUGCCUGUCUUCCCAGACUUUAAGAUGUGGAUCAACCCCUGCGCUCAGGUCAUCUUUGACUCAGACCCAGCACCCAAGGACACAAGUGGUGCGGCUGCCCUGGAGAUGAUGUCUCAGGCCAUGAUCAGGGGCAUGAUGGAUGAGGAAGGGAACCAGUUUGUGGCCUAUUUCCUGCCUGUGGAAGAGACACUGAAAAAACGAAAGCGAGACCAAGAGGAGGAGAUGGACUAUGCACCAGAUGAUGUGUAUGACUACAAGAUUGCUCGGGAAUACAACUGGAAUGUGAAGAACAAGGCCAGCAAGGGCUAUGAGGAGAACUACUUCUUCAUUUUCCGAGAGGGUGAUGGGGUGUACUACAAUGAGUUGGAGACCAGGGUCCGUCUUAGUAAGCGCCGGGCCAAGGCUGGGGUUCAGUCAGGUACCAAUGCUCUCCUUGUGGUCAAACACCGAGACAUGAAUGAGAAGGAAUUAGAAGCCCAGGAGGCACGGAAGGCUCAGUUGGAAAACCACGAACCCGAAGAGGAAGAGGAGGAGGAGAUGGAGGCAGAAGAGAAAGAAACUGGGGGCUCAGAUGAGGAACAUGAGAAGGGCAGCAGCAGUGAGAAGGAGGGCAGUGAGGAUGAGCGCUCUGGCAGUGAGAGUGAACAGGAGGAGGGCGACAGGGAUGAGGCGAGUGACAAGAGCGGCAGUGGUGAAGAUGAGAGCAGUGAGGAUGAGGCCCGAGCUGCCCGAGACAAAGAGGAGAUCUUUGGUAGUGAUGCUGACUCGGAGGAUGAUGCUGACUCUGAUGAUGAGGACAGAGGACAGGCCCGUGGUGGCAGUGACAAUGAUUCGGACAGUGGCAGUGAUAGGGGUGGCCAGCGGAGCCGCAGCCAGAGCCGAAGUCGCAGCCGCAGUGCCAGCCCCUUCCCCAGUGGCAGUGAGCACUCAGCCCAAGAGGAUGGCAGUGAAGCCGCAGCUUCUGAGUCCAGUGAGGCUGACAGCGACAGCGACUGAGCCCUGGGGCUUCAGAAGAGGGCCGGAGUGACAAGGUCUUUAGAGCAGAGAGGUACUCUUCUAGUGGUCUCUUUGUGAGCCCUCCACUUUGUUGAUUCCCCCACCCUUUAACCUUUGCUGUUAAUAAAGCCAACUCUUGACUUCC